AUGCGCGGAUUUGGGACGAUACUGGCCCUAUGCGCCGCGAUAUUGCCUGAAGUCUCCAGUCGGUCGUUAGUUGGACGGGCUGUGUGCACUACGAAUUUAAUUAUUGAUAAUUACGCCCAGUAUUCCAGUCAUUUGAACUCCCUUGGGAGUUGGACGAGUGGUGAGUGUUUUCCGGAACGCAAUUGAGGGUGAAGGGGUAGCUGACCUGGUGGUGAUAGAUGAUGGUUCGAUGACUUCUCUAACAGCUUCAACCGCCAAUAAGAAGUUGUCCUUCACACCAAAGGCCGAUGGCUCUUCGUACUUUUACACAACCUUCUCGAACUGUGUCUCAGCCACCGCUGACAGAUAUAACGCCAUAACAUUCCCCUUCAAGGGUCCUGCCGGUGCCUCUUUCACGCUCGAGCUUCAAACAGCCAGCAGCUGCUCCGGGAGUUAUACAAGCUAUUACCAUGACGUCACUGGCCUUACCGGUUCCACUCAAACCAUCACCGUGCCAUUGUCGUCCUUUCCCGGUGCCAACUUGGGCGUUAUCGUGGCAUGGGCUUGGUCCGGAUUCAGCACUGCCGGAAGCUGGGAGCUUGGCCAGACUAGCUUUGUGUGUCCCGGCGGUUCUUCCAGUGUUCCAGUUAGCUCUACUACCUCAACUACCUCUACAAGCUCUACUGCUCCUCCUAGUUCCACUAGCUCUAGUAGCUCUACUAAACCUACCACCUCUACGACCUCUACCACCUCCUCGAGCACCACUAGCACCACCAGACCUACCACCUCUACUACCUCUACCGCCUCUACCACCUCCUCGAGCACCACUAGCACCACUAGCACCACCAAACCCACCAGCUCCACUAGCUCCUCUAGCACUUCCAGCGGGACGACUUCUACCACGUCUAGCAUUGUGCCAACAGGCACAUGCCAGCCCCUUCUCAUCGACGACUGGGCAUCGCAGUCCCGCUUGACUUUCCUCUUCUACAAUGCCAUGAACCAACCCACCUCCGACGAUGGGACCAUGACAUCCAUUGUGGUCGCCAACAACCGCGUGACUCUCACGCCAAAGGCCAACUCGUACUUCUACUCCAGCUUUGGCUGUGUGAGCGCCACCAACAAGUACGGGGGUAUCAGUCUUCGGAUCAAGGCAGCCGCGGGUACCACAUUUAACAUUCAGAUGCAAUCGAGUUCCACCUGCUCUACAAGCGCCUUCAACGGAUUUGAUAGGACAACUACCCAAUUGGGCUGGACAUUCGACGGCACCGAGAAGUUAUAUAACAUCCCGUUCUCGUCCUUCUCCGGACUUGACACGAGCAAGUUGACUACCAUCUUGUUUAUCACGUUCAACAACAAACCCGUGACCUUCGGCCCAAUGGCAUUCUACUGCGGAAGCACCCCAACGGAAUAUAUCCCCCCGCCAACAACCACCGGUAGCGACCCGUCGUCAACUGUUCCAGUCACCAGCGCCACUGCCGGCGCACUUGUAAUUGACCAGUUCGCAAACCCGGACAGCAAUGCCCUCGGCUUCUGGCACGGAGGAGACGAUCCAAGCCAAUACAGUAUCUCCGGUGGCAAGCUCACUGUGAACUUCAGAGACACGGAUUAUGCUUUCUACAGUCAAAUUUCCGCUACCUGCCGCGAUAUGAGCACCUACGAGGGUGGAUACCUGCACAUUGCGUACUCCGGUUCAAACCUCUUCACUGUAGCUCUUCAACAGCACAACAGCGGUUGCAACGAGGCUGUAGCACCGUACCCGGAGACAUGGGACGUCGUGGAGGCCCGUAGGUACUCUUCCGCAUCAGACAUCUACGUCCCCAUCAGCCACUUCAACAUUAUCAAAAGCCGAGUCAUUGGCGUAGCUUUGAAGGCUUUCCAAUCGAGUGCUUCCACCGUCAUCACGCGCAUCGAGAUCGUACAGACCGUCCCGUCAUCCUUCACCGGUAGCAUCUCGGCCAAAAUCCCCACAGCGCCGCUCCUCUUCGCGUGCAAGCGCCCCAACAGCUUCGCCUUCGCAAUCGAUGACGGAGUCCCGGAACUCGCCCAGCAAGUGCUCCAAAUCAUCAGGGAAGAGAACAUCAAAGUCACCUUCUUCACCGUCGGGCAACCGCUGUUGGACGCCAGCACUAACCUGUCAAACGUAUACACGGAGAUGCUCUCACGCGGACAUCAGGUAGCCCUCCACACCUUCACACAUCCAAAGAUGGAAUCCCUCGCGACAACGGCGGACAUGGACUGGGAAAUACAACAGGACGUGGCGGCCGUUCAACAGAAACUCCACAUCAGCAGCAAGUACUACCGCCCGCCAUUCGGUAACGAGGGGGCGCGCUCGCGGCAGCGGCUCGAGGCGAAUAUCCCCGGCUCGCAGGUCAUUCAUUGGAGCGUCGAUGUCGAGGAUUGGCUGUGGGCUACCAGCUCCACGCCGCAGAAGCAACUCGACGCCUUCAAGCGGGAUGUGAACAAGGGGGGGAAUCUGGUCGUUAUGCACUACUUGUACCCGUCCACCGUCAACUACCUUAAGCAGUUCAUUCAGAUUGCGAAGGCGACCGGGAAGCAGUUGAUGAGGGUCGAUCAGUGCAUGAUGGAUCCGAAUGCGCCACCUUUG